CAUCAAGUCCUGCGGUCCGACCACGCAAUGUAGACAAUUCCGAUGUUCAUGGUUUUAACCUCGCUGCAGGGGUGAUUGCAUCCCCUUGGCCACCCCGUGGUAGAUCUUGUGCUAGCACCCUGGAUACCGCCCCUCAGCGGGGCUGUUAUGCAUAAUGGUCGCUCGGUAUAUCGCCCCAGGAUCUCGAUGACGAAAGGAAGAGACGAGGUAUAAAAGCCUUGCGCUUGGAUUUUAACAAGUUUCUGUUUCCAAUGCACACACUUCGAGCUCACCACAAAUCCCAUUAACCCCCCCAGACACUAGUCUUGUUCAAUCUUGUCAGAGGAAAUCCCUCCCCCAACACGAAUGGCGACCACUGGCAAAUCCGUCUUUCUCAUCGGCCCUGGUUUCAUUGGGCGGGAGGUUGUUGAUCUCCUCCUCCAGGAGAACUAUACAGUGACAACCCUGACGCGUCGUGAGGCUUACGCGACCGAACUUCAACAGAGCGGCGCGAAGACCGUUCUCGGCAGCCUGGACGACCGAGACACGAUCGUCAAACAGACUCUCACAAGUGACAUUGUCAUCCACACGGCGACGGCAGACCACUUGCCCUCGGUCGAGGCCGUCAUUGCAGGCAUCGAGCAACGCGCAAGCCAGGGGAAGCAGACCAUCUUCAUCCACACGAGCGGCACUUCGCUGCUCAGCGACGACGCCAAGGGCGAGUACAAGUCCGACAAGAUCUUCUACGAUGACAAGCCCGAAGACAUUGAUGCGCUCCCGGAUAGCGCCUCCCAUCGCUUGAUCGACCUCGCCAUUGUCCGCGCUCGCAAGCGACUGGGGAACAGUGCGAAACUGGUCAUCAUGAUCCCGCCCUUGAUCUACGGCGCCAACCCCAAAUACCAGCGGCUCUCCAUUCAAUUGCCGACAUUGACUCGGUUCGCGCUGAAACACGGCUAUGCAGGCUACGUCGGCAAGGGUGAAUCCGUGUGGUCCGAAAUCCACGUCCUGGACCUCGCCCGGGGUUAUCUGACGCUGCUCCAUUGGCUCGAACAAACCGACGCCUCCAAGGUCCUUGAAAACCCCUACUUUUUCUGCGAGAACGGCCAAGAAUUCGCUUGGAGAGAUGCAGUAGCACAGGUCGGCAAGGCCUUGCAUGCUGCUGGGCGGAUCAAAUCACCGGAGCCUAAGUCGAUUCCUGAGAGUGACUUUGACGAUCUCUUCGGGAAGUACACAGCCUGGGUGGUUGGGUCGAACUCGAGGAGCAGAGCAAAUCGGCUGAGAGCGCUGGGGUGGGAGCCGAAGGAGAAGGGGCUGAUGGCAUCUUUGGCGGAGGAUGAGAUUCCAAUUCUGUUGAAGGAGACAGGAGAGUUUCGUGGGUAUGCUGGUGUUGCGGCUUCCGGCGGUUCAUAGAUACACACGACAGACGUUUCGUUCUUUGGUUCGACAAGACGAAAUGCUGAAUUACAAUCUGAGAAGAUGUGUAGGGAACCCAGCCCACCCAACAGCUGAGGCGAGUCAAUGGACUCAAUCAUUUGGCUUACUAAACUAAGUCAUUGAGACCUUGCUUUUGUCCCUCUUCGACUUGAAGGAGAGCAGCGGGGGUGGCUGUAGCAUGACCAAAAGGGAAAUCGAUCGCCAGCUCGGCUAUAUUUCCGUUUUCGUCCAUGCGGAGAGCAGUUGCUCCCACUGCGUCAUUCUCAAUGCU